AUGGCUAACCUUUUGGCUCGACCAUUUGGAGGAUUUUCUUCUGAUUACGCAGCAAAGAAAUUCGGUAUGAGAGGGAGACUUUGGGUUUUGUGGAUUUUACAAACACUUGGAGGAGUAUUCUGUGUACUUUUAGGUCGUUCAAAUUCUCUACCACUUGCUGUAACAUUUAUGAUCCUUUUCUCAAUCGGAGCUCAAGCUGCUUGUGGUGCAACUUUUGGUAUUAUUCCAUUCAUUUCUCGACGAUCCUUAGGAAUUAUAAGCGGAAUGACUGGGGCAGGUGGAAAUUUUGGUUCUGGAUUGACACAAUUGUUGUUUUUCACGAGCUCAAAGUACUCGACAGCGACAGGGUUAACUUACAUGGGAUUCAUGAUCAUAGGAUGCACUCUUCCUGUUACAUUUUGUCAUUUCCCACAAUGGGGAAGCAUGUUUCUCCCACCAACAAAAGAUCCUGUCAAGGGAACUGAAGAACAUUAUUAUACUUCAGAGUACACAGAGGCAGAGAGGCAAAAAGGGAUGCACCAAAACAGCUUGAAAUUCGCCGAAAAUAGCCGAUCGGAGCGUGGCAAACGUGUGGGCUCUGCACCAACCCCACCAAAUUUGACACCAAAUCGCGUUUGA